GGUCGAGAUGAAGCAGCUGCAGUGGUUGUUGGUGGUGACGGCCGCCCUCUUAGCGGCGGCCACGGCGGCCAAGCCGGCCAGCCUGGAUGACGCGUCUGACGUGCUCAGCUCGGUCUUCAAGGACUGCACCAAGAGCUGGUCGUUCACGUGCGUGCAGAAGAAAGUGCUCGUGUUCGUAGACAGGCUGGACAGCGUGCGGUCCAUCCGCCUGCUCGACGGCUGGAGCGUGGAGAGCGUGGAGACGGCCGAAGGUCGCGCCCUCCGCCACCCCAUCACCGAGCAGGAAUUGGCCACGGUGAGCGGCCGUGCCGCUGACGCCGCUGACCAGGUUCUCUCCGACAUGAUCGACAACAAGCUGGACGAGUUCUUCAGACACCGCGUCCUCCGCAUGUCCGUCCCCUCGGAGGUGUCCAACAUCGUCUCCGCCAGAGGCAUCACCGACAUUCCAUCCUUCGACUUUGCUCUCGGUGGAUCUGACAAUGGAGAAGCUCGUCUGAAGAAAAAGAAGAAGCUCAAGCUGAAGGCUCUACUGAUCGGCCUACUGCUCGUCGGCGGAAUCAAGCUGAUCAAGCUGAUGCCCGUCUUCCUUGCGCUGAUCAAGCUCAAGGCCAUCAAAGCCAUCCUCUUCUCCGUCAUCUCCCUUGCGAUCACCCUCGGCGGCGCCGCUAGGGGGCUCAUCCAGAAGAAACUCGCCCUCUUUAGCUCACCCAUGAAGCACGUUAAGACUGUCGAGGUCUGGUUGGCUCCUAUGAAGGGCGGUCACGGAGGCGGCCACGGUGACAGCUAUGGCGCCCACAGCGGUGGCGGCGGCGGUGGCCACGGCGGCGGCCACGGUGGCGGCCACGACUCGUACUCUGCACCAAGCUACAGUGGAGGCGGCGGCGGCGGCGGCGGCUCGUCGUACGAUUCGUACUCGAGCGGCUACUCGUCUGGGGGCGGCGGUGACAGCUACAGCGUCGGGGGCGGCUCCUACCAGGGAGGCGGCCAAGGCGGCGGCUGGCAGAGCAAGUCGGAUGGCGCCGACCUUGCGUACAGAGCGCACGCCAAAUGAGCCUUUGAACCGGCCCGACUAGGAUUAGAUUAAUUUAUUGCGCUAAUUUAUUGUUUGCAAGAAGUGUUAAGUUUGUGUACAACUGAGUUUGUUUUAAGCCUUUCUUUUCCUCUGGCAAAGCUUCUCCGGUUUUAUUUUUGCCUAUACCAGUGAUAAAUACUUGAUUCUUUCUUUUAUUUUUCCCUUGGCUUGAGCGUUUUAAACUGCCCCUAAUUUACUUCCCUUUUUUUGCGGAGUGCAAAUUUCUCGUUCCUAUUUUUGUUCUCGAUCCCAUAGCUUGGGUGCCAAUCUUCUCACACAUUUGCUUCCAAUGUUUUAAACUGUGCCUUUUCAAUCAAAAUACUUUGCAAUAUGUGUGUUCCAUGUAUUAGUAAUAAACUAUUAACUACUGCUCAACUCUCUACUUGGAUGCUUUUUUAUCUGUACUCUGAUCUAGAAUCUCAUGAAUUUUCUCCAUUAAUGUUGCUAUAAUCUUGGCAUGUAUUUUUUUAACUUUCGUCGAAUAAACGAACGUAUUGAUUAAAUAAUGUUCGACUAAAUAAACGAUUUAAAACAAG